AUGAGUUUCCUUCGAGCCUGUAUUUUAGCUUUUCUGGCCGUUUGCGUCCUUAAGAGUUCUCUGGCAACAAUUUUCAAACCUCAAAAGGCUCAACAACUUCUCGAAUACAACUUCACGACGAAGCAGUUUGUACUUGAUUCACGUUGUUUGGUCGAAAUAUCAAAGCUUCGUGGACCAAUUGUUGUUGUAAGCGCCGUUGGAGAUGCAAGAAUUGGUAAAUCGACUACGUUAAACCUUAUUCGUCAUUUCUGGAACGAAAACAGCCUUCAUGCCUUUCAGAAAACCUUCGAGACUGGCGAUACAAAGGUUCCUGUCACGCACGGUGUUUGGGCCGCGAUAAUUCCAGCCAAGACCCCGGAUGAGAGUAACGCAAUCCUGCUUGAUGUGGAAGGUCUUAAUCUGGGUGACGAUGCGGUCACGACUCAUUUAAGCAUGUUUACCGCCCUUGUGUCGUCAGCAGUUCACAUAUUUACUCGUGAUACGAUGCAAAAUCAUGUUCUAGAUUUUUUGUAUUUCAUCUCGAGGCUCACUGAAAUGAUAUUCCCCGAUGAGAGAUUCGACAAUUUCCCACACCUGGGUAUAAUGGUGCGUGGAGCACUUGAAACCCCACCGGGAUACACACUGGACGAAUAUAUCCAUGAUUUUAUCCUGAGUUUGGACAACAAGGACAGAAUGGAGGAAGAGAGGAAAACGAUUGGGAAAUAUUUCUCGAGGGACAAAAUAUCCGCAAAUCAAAUACCGUACGUUCAAGAUAUUACGAUUUUCAAAGACAUGCGCAAAUUUAGGAACACUGAUUUUCAUAAAGUGAUCUUGUCAUUGGUGGAGCAGUUCAAAAAAAGCCCGCAAAAGAAAUCUUUGAAGGGCAAUCGCUUGAUGGAUGGGGAAUCACUUGCAAGGUUUGUGAAGGAACUAUUUCACGCUAUGAACAAUAAUGCUUGGAUGGAUUUUAACGACGCCUACCUCAUGUUGGAAAGACAAAUUUGCGCAGACGCUUAUGGCAAGAUUGUCCGACCUGUUUUGGAUAAAAUAGCGGGCGAACUUGGUGCUGAUAUGGAGAAUACGAUGGCAGAGUUCAAGAUUAAGUGCGCUUUACCAGAAGAGGUGGAGACAGCGAAGAAAGAGCUGCUAGCAGCUAGGCAAAGGGCAGCUGAAAUUAAAGAGAUGAAAGAAAGAGCGGCCGAACAGGAGGAGUUACUAAAGAAGACAACAACAGAAAUGAAAAUCGCUCAUGACAAAUGGCAAAAAGAUUUGAAAGACAAAGAUGAAAAGCUCAGUGAAGAAGUUGAGAAAAGAGAACAAUUGCAAAUGCUAAAUAAAAGAUUGGAAGAAGAAACUGCAAUGAAGUCACAGCAAAUUUCCCAACUUCAAUUACAGCAGGCUCAAGCGAGUGCGGGUGGAAGCAGCUUUGAGCGAUUUCUCGGCACAGUUUUUGGAACGGCCCUUGGAAGCUAUUUCUUCGGUAGCCCAGCUGGACCACUUAGCGUAGGUCUACAAUGUAGUGCAGAUCUUCCUCGUCUUUCAAAUGAAGAAUGA